AUGCCGCCUACCAGUAACGAGGACAGCACGGCUGCAGCGCUCCCAGCUCCGUGGGUUUCGCAGGUGUUCCGCGUCUCGGAAUCGGGGGAGGCCAGGCGCAGUUCGCUGCUAAUCCAAGACAUCUCCAAGGAGAAGGGGAAGCUCGUCGUCGCCUCGGAAAAGUCCGUGAGCAUCGUUGGCUCGGACAUCGACCCGCUGGGACUGUCGGACACCUCGUUCAAUUUCAACGAGGAGGAUGGAGAAGAAGAUGCCACGACCUCCGACUCGUCCGUGGUGCGCGGCAACAGCGUCUGCGUGGACAACGAGAUGGACACAUCCGACGACGAAAACGACGACCAACUGCUGCGCGGUAUCGCGGACGACAUGAUCGGCCGCAACGUGCCGUUCCAGUCGCCUUUCGGUGUGAAGGCGCAGUGCUACGCGGACUACACGGCGAGCGGCAAGCCGCUCGAGAGCAUCGAGCAGUUUAUGCGCAGCAAGGUCAUGCCCACGUACGGCAACACCCACACGACGACGUCCGUCACGGGGCUGCAGACUGCGGCGUUCCGUGACGAGGCACGCCAGAUCAUCGCGCGUGCAGUGAACGCUCGCGACUCGAAGGACGCGGUGCUGUUCGCUGGCCAGGGAUGCACCAGCGCCAUCCAGAAGUUCAUUUCGGCGCUUGGUAUCAGUACCAACAAACGCCUGCGACUCCCCUCCAGGCGCCCCGUGGUGUUCACCGGUCCGUUCGCCCACCACUCGAACUUGCUGUCGUGGCGCGAAAGCCUGGCUGCAGAUAUCGUGGAGAUUCCUGAAGCUACCGAUGGUGGGGGUCUUGACCUCAACGAGCUGGAGCGUCAAUUGAAGAGCUACAGCGGCCGCAAACUCAAGAUCGGAACCUUCAGUGCUGCUUCAAACCUCACGGGGAUGCUCAUCGACGUCGACAAGAUCUCCUCGCUGCUGCACAGGCACGGCGCGCUGGCCUGCUGGGACUACGCCACCUGCGCACCUUACGUCGAGAUCGACAUGAAUCCAAAGGACCCGCUCGCUUUCAAGGACGCAAUCUUCUUCUCCGGUCACAAGUUCGUUGGCGGCCCCGGGUCCCCCGGUGUGCUAGUUGUCAAGAAGAAACACAUGACCAACGACGUGCCCACGAUGCCCGGCGGUGGCACUGUGGUGUUUGUCACGGAAAAAGCCCACAGCUACUUGAAGGACACUGUGGAGCGAGAAGAAGGCGGCACCCCCGACAUUCUGGGAAGUAUCCGCCUUGGCCUCGCAUUCGCGCUCAAGCAACGCGUCGGGGCCAAGACGAUCAUGGCAGUGGAGCACCGCCGCGUGCAGCGCGUGCGCGAGUCACUUGAUGGCAUCAAGCAUAUCGUCUUGCUCGGUCGCCAAAGCGACAGCGUGGACCAGCUCCCGGUCUUCUCACUUAUGGUGCGCUACGGGGAUCGCUUCCUGCACCACAACUUCGUCUGCGCACUGCUGAACGACCUCUUCGGCAUUCAGGCGCGCGGCGGGUGCCAGUGUGCCGGCCCCUUUGGAGCUCGUCUACUGGGUAUCAGCAAGGAGCAUACCACGGCUCUGGGUCACGCGUUCAUGGAGAAGGACGAGGCCAUCAAGCCUGGAGUUGUCCGCAUGAACUUCCCGUACUUUGUCGAUGACGCCGAGGUCGAGUACGUUCUGGACGCCGUCAACUUCGUCGCCGACCACGGGUGGAAGUUCCUGCCACAGUACGACUUCGACCUUCACACAGCGGCGUGGCGGCACACCUCGUGCGCGAACGAGAUCCUCCCGACGAAGAGCUGUCUGUCUGAGCUGCAGUUCUUCAGCGACGACACCAGCAGCGUGUCCUCGUCACCUCUCGACGGGCCUAUCCGCAGCAUCGCUGCCCAUCGACGCGAGAACUUGGAGCAGGCGGCACUCAAGGCCGACGCCUGCAUGAAGGAAGCGUCGUUGCUCGACACGUUCCCCGAGGGCCAGAAGGUGCCCAAGGACCACGAGUGGCUGCGCUGGUUCGUUUACCCGUGCGAAGCUGUCGCGGACUACAAGAAGCUCGGUGAAAAGGCCCCGUUGACGGACAAGAUCACGGGCCCGUGCCAGCCGCAGCUGUACCUGAGCGGCACCAUGAUCCGCAUCUGGGACGACACGCCGUCCAUGGCCAAGCUUAAACGGAGUCGCAUGGGGCGGAUAAUGCUCCGUCACUACAUGCCGACCCCAUGA